AUGUGGGUUUGCGAAUUUGAUCAUGCAUCUUGCAGCCUCAAGGAGGCCUCCCUACCCUCGGAUCACAUUGGAAGAGAAUUUCAUCCUCCUCACCGUCACUUGAACGAUCUGCAUAGCUCCUCCACCUCUCAUUUAUGUCCAAGGAAGUCGGUCAUUGUGACUGCUCAGUUGUCCAGGGCACUGGAAUUAUACCAUGAAUUGCAUGCAUUGGAUAGAUUUGAACAAGAUUACAAGCGAAAGCUUCAAGAAGAGGAUAACUUGAGUGCCGCUCAGAGAGGUGUGAAACUGCUCAAAAAGCUUGAUGAAAGAAUAUCUGUUAGCACUUCCCUUCCUAUGAUUCUGUGCCUUGGAUAUCUCUCAAGGUCUUUCACUGGGGAGAACAGGCUAAAAGUUUGGCACU